ACAAGGUCCCCUUAGAUAUCAAGAUAUCUGAAGUUUUGUUGAUCAAAUCAAACUUCAGCUUCUCAUAGAAUCAACCUGUUAGAGAUUAAAUUUUCCACAUUGAGUGAUGUAGAGAUCUGUUUGAUUGGUGAUAGUUGUGAAAGUCCCGUUGAAAGAUUUUGGCAUGGAAACACUAUGAUUUAUGUUUUGCAGAAAGCAGUAAGUAGACCCAGUGAAGACAGUGACUCCAUGGAAGAAUCAAAAGCAGAUGCCUCUGUGCUUUUACCAAAGGAGAAUUCUGGACCAGUGCCUCUUUCUGUCAGAAGAGCAAAACAGUUGAUUUCCUUGUUUACCAUGGUUCAAAAUCCAAACAUGACCCACUUGAAGCUAGGUGAAGUGGUUGUGCUUCCUCCCCUCUGGAUAAGGUGUGACGGUUCUGAUCCUGAACAUACCUGUUGGCUUGGAGCUGAGCCUCUCAAAGCUGGAAACAAAAUCAUGGGGAUCAAUUUGCAUAUGGUUACAUGUGAUGGUCCUACAGCUGAUAAAACCUGUUUUGCAAACCUGGGAGAGCUCAAAAUGCAACAUAAAAUAAUGCAUCAUUCAUCUGUCGUGACAACAAAAGGAUUUGCUCAGUAUGAACUUCUCAGAGCUGCUGCACUGGAGGACACAAUUGUAGAAUCUGAAAUCAAUAUCUGUGUUGAUAUUACAUGGAAUACUGUUGAUAAGAUUCUGGACACACCCCCACUAAUUUCAGCUGCCACACUGAAUAUUGCCCUGGAGCCUGGGGACCCCAGAAGUCCUGUGUAUCAGCUAUACAGAGAACUGCAGUUUCUCCUUGCUUUGGCUGAAGGUUUGAAGACAGGUGUGACCAAGUGGCCUGAGCCAUUAGAGCCUGAAUCUGCUGUUGAACUAGUCCAGGAAUUUCUGGCUGAUUUAAAGAGGAAGCUGGAUGGAUGUUGUGUGUCUGGAAACAGAGAUGGAAUGGAGAAAAUCCAAUGUGACACAGAGGCAGUGGACAGUUCAAUAAAAUCUAUCUUCAGUGAGCGAGGAGACCUGGAUUUUGCUGAACAAUUAUGGUGCAAAAUGAAAUGUGUCAGUUCCUAUCAGGAGUUGAUGGCAUGUUUCACACUGAUCCUGGAAUCCCUGGAACGUGGUGAGAUACAGCCCUGGAUUCAUCAAGGGAGUAGCAGUUUGCUGAGCAAAUUGAUUCAACAGUCUUACCAUGGAAAGAUGGAGGCUGUUUCUCUCACUGGCAUCACUCCAAUUCAAAUGCUCUUGGAGAUCGGUUUGGAUAAGAUGAAGAAGGAUUAUGUCAAUUUUUUCAUAGGCCAGGAACUUGCAACAUUGACCUAUUUGGAUUACUUCAUUUCCACAUCAGUGGAUUUACAAGAACAAGUUCAUCGUGUUCAAAAGCUUCACCAUAUGUUGGAAAUAAUGGUCAGCUGUACAGUCCUACUUCAGUUAAAACACGAGAACCUCUUCCCUUUGACACAAAUCUGCAUGAAGUAUUAUAGAGAGAAUCCUCUAGAUGAGAAGCAUGUGUUUCAACUGCCCAUCGGCUCGGCUCUUGUCAAGAAGUUCUAUCAAGACAGUCCCCCAGAAGUGUGGAAGGUGGAUAUAAGUAGUGGGCAUGGACCGAAGGAGGUUAAAACAUCAUGGCAAGUUAGUACUAAUCCUCCAGUUGAACAUAUGACGUCAAACAAUACAAGUUUCUUAUCCGAUUCCACAGUUAAUGCAAGCACCCAAGACAGAAUGUAUUUUAUUACAGUGGUCAAGUGCAGUCAGGUGCAUUUCAGAUAAAUGCGUGUUUCUCUGCAGGCAGGCCCUUGAAAGGUACAGUAAAGAUGAAAGCUCAGUAUUAUCUGUGUCCCAACAGUAUAUUUAGAAACACUCUGUGAUUUGAAGAACAAUGCAUCUGCCCGAGUUACUUGCUUUAGUGUGCUUCAAGUGUGACUGACAUACAUGGACAUAAUUCCUCUGUCUGCGUCCAGUUUGUUAUAAAUGUUGUGCAAUAAUGACUGUAUGGGAUAAUUAUUUUGAAAAUAUAGUAGAUAUUUUUGUUCACUUAUUUACAAGCGUUCAAUAAAGUGUUGCACUU